AUGGACAGAGUUUUAGGAUUACAUGUACCAUACUAUCUAGAUGAGCAUGAUUAUGCACAGAAAGAAGAUGAAGUAGACACUGAAAUUCUCCUAAAGGAUGAUGAUAGUACUAAAAGUGAUAAACAGAUAGAACUAGGAUAUGUUGUGAACAAACUAAUUGAGGGCUGUAACUGUUGUGGACAUCCAUUGAAGUUAACUGAUAUUUGUGGUGAAGUAAGAUAUGGACUGGGUUCAUUACUACGAAUAAAUUGCAAAAAGUGCAACAAAGUGACUUCUGUCCCAAGUGGAAAGAGACACUCACGUGUGGAUGACCAUGCCAGCAGAGCAUUUGAUGUAAACACAAAGCUUGCUUUAGGAAUGCUACAUGCAGGCAUAGGGGAGAAAAAGGUGUCCAUGCUCUUGAGCGUAUUGAAUAUUCCACCUCUUUCUCACACAACUUUAAAAUCUACAGAGAGAGAAGCUGGUAAAGCAGUAGAAGAUGUUGCAAGGCAAAGUUGUGAUUCUGUGGUUACUGCAGAGAGAGAAUCUUCUAGAAUAUGUCAUAGUGCAGAGAAAACGGGGAAGACUCCAUCAACUCAUGACUGCCGUAAAAACUGGACGGGGAGUUCCAAAGCUAUGGAGCCAGACAUGUGCAUAGAAAUGCUCAAAGAUCUAGGAGGAAAGGAUGUGCAAGUAGGGACUAUCAUCAUGGACAAUGAUACUACAACAAUAGCAAGGGCUCGUACUGAGGUAAACCCAGCUUUGAAGAAACAAAGUGAUAAAAAUCACACACUGAAACAGUUCACAAACAAGUUAUAUGAUCUGAAAAAGUGUAAAAACUAUAAAGAACUAAAUCCUAAGACAAUAAGUCACCUGUCAAAGUGCUUCAGAUAUUGUGUCGGUCAAAAUCAACAUGACUUGGAUGGUAUGAGGAAAAACUUGGAGGCUAUAUCCAGACAUGUAUUUGGUGAUCACAGCUUGUGUGGAUCUUGGUGUGGGUAUUUAUCAUCACCAACGACUUACAAACCUGUUCAGUUGCCAUACCACCGCUAUCUUUCCGAUGAAGGACUGAAAGUUGAUUUGACAUCCAUAGUUGACUUUUACAUUUCACAGGCUGAUAGAUUGGUGGAUUUAGGAAGUACCCAGCCCAAUGAAAGUUUUAAUAAUACUGUGGCAAGCAAGACUCCAAAAUCAACAUUCUACUCUGGCUCAGAGAGCAACGACUUUAGAGUAGCUGCAGCAGUUGCACAAAAAAAUUUGGGUCAUCAGUAUAUAUUACAGGUAAAUGAAAAAUUGUUUCUUUCACCUGGGAAAGUGACAAGCAAAAUUGCCAUGAAAACAGACUUGAAAAGAAAGAAAGACAAAGACAAAGAAGAUACAGCAGAGUACAAGAAAAGAAGAGCAUUGAAAAAAGCUGAGAGCAAGAAAAAUCAAGAAUCAUCAGCAGUAAAAGAGGGGAUCACAUACGAAACUGAUGUUGACAUCAACAAUAAUAUAGACAACAGCAUUACAGAAAUACCCCCUCCUCUCAUCAAACCCAUUUCAACACCCAUUGCAGCUGGACAGUAUACAUUUGUAUACUUUGACUUGGAAACAACAGGUCUUGAAAAAGAUUGUGAAGUAACACAGAUUGGAGCUUGUACUGAUGAUAAAAUAUUUUCCCAGUAUGUCACUCCUCCAACAAAAUCCAUCUCUGCUUCUGCUACAGCUGUGACUGAACUAGCAAUCAGAGACACAAGAAUGUACAAGAAUGGACACCAAGUUCUCAGUAAGACAACUGAGGAAGCUUUUCAGUCAUUUAUUGAUUGGAUGAAACAAUUUACCAACAUAAUUUUGGUUGCUCACAAUGCCAUAUUUGAUUCCCGAAUUAUUGUGCAUUUAUUUGAUUCAGUGGGACUGUGUGCCAGUGACUUCUUCAUUGGAUUUACUGACACUCUGCCAUUAUGUAGAGAACUCAUCCCAAAUAGAAAAUCAUAUAAGCUUACAGAUCUUGCUAAAGACAUAUGUAGUAGGCAUUAUGAUGCCCAUGAUGCUUUGUCUGAUGCUCAGACCUUACAAGAACUGGUGUUAUGUGUAAAAGCUUCUGAUGAUAUGAUGCUCAAACAUAGUUUUACAACGCAGUUUGUUUUUGAAAACAACUCUUUUGCAGAUUUGACCAGCAGAAAUUUAUGUUCUUUACAACAUCUUGUAGACAGCAAUGUAUUGUCAAAAUUUACUGCAAACAAAGUUGCAUCAUCUGGUCUUCAUUUCCAGCAUCUUUAUCUUGCCUAUCAGAGAGAUGCAGUAAAUGGAAUAAAGUAUGUAUUGUCUGACAAACAUGCAACAGGAAUGUGA